GAGAAACGACACUGAUGUCAUGCCCUCACGUGCUAGCGCAAGAGGCUCACGUGGCAUUGACCAUCCUGCUCGUGCUUCAGAACACGUAGCUAACCGCAGCGGACCCACCUAGCAACAUCGCCGAAAAGAACGGCAUCAGCACAGUUCCAGCCAUGGGCAUCGAUUUACCCAGAUCCAUCGAAGUUCGAGGGCUCCCCCUUGGCUGCGCAUCCACCAUCUCGGAAGGGUCGUCAUCCCACAAGACGCCUUCGGCGAUUUUGCUCCUCGUGCAUCCAGAGGAGGCCGAAGACGACGAAUUCUACGUGUCCAGGAACCUGACCAUGAAGGACGUCCUCCCAGACCACCGGGACCUUGAGGUCAAGCCGUGGACCAUGGGGAACGAACGGGCUGGCAACAGCUGCGUAUGGCGUCGUAGGAGCCUGUUCCCGAGGGCCGAGUGCGACCUGCUCGCUGAGAUGAGCGUCAAAGACGCCUUGCCUCAGUACAACACCGAGCAAGCAAUAUGCACCGUGCAACGCGCGAAGCACCAGGCGGUAGCCGAAUCGAAGGGCAAUGGACACCGGCAGAUAAGCAGGUCGGAGGAGCCUAUUACAAAUGGCGUGGAAGCUGGCGUGAGCAAGAUUCGCCAGGUUGUCGAGCGUGGCGGAGUGGCCUCUCCCAAGCACAGCGUCGCCGUCUUGGGCUGGAACCCGAACAUCCACCUGCGUGACACGCUGCCGUGUGUGUUGAGGAUGCCGAACUCCAUCAUGGCUGAGGGCAACAGUCACACGAGCGGCGUGGCGACUCGAAGCAGCUGCCUUUGGAGGCUUCACGCGAGGUUCGCCCAGCCCAGAGCAGACGGCAGUUCGGCGGCGCACGCAAGGAACGGCGCACCAUGACGACUGAGGAUUCGCUCGUCGUCUGUUGCAGCCGUCACACUUCCAUCUUCCCGGCAUCGCCCUGUCCAGACUGUUGCUGCAGAACAACUCGAGCCUCUCUAGGCGGCCUUGCUGAGACUUCAGCUGCGUUUGUCGUAAGCUGAAGAGGUGACGGUGCGGUCGCUGCUUCCCUGGUGACAGGCGACCUUCACGUGGAUUCCCCUCUGCUGGUAGAGUGGGUUCACUAGCCAUGUGGAAGCGGAUCGGGGCCCCCGCCACGCUGAAGUUACCAGUCUCUUUGGGCAAGGCUCGCCGGGCAAAUCCGCAGUAAACGCUGCGAGCUAGUCUCCUUGUUGCCAUCUCCCGGACGAUCGUGCAGCUAAACAGAAAGGCCACUGGCGACGAGCGCCAACAUUCUUCUUCUGUGAAUUUUUGCACUCUUUCAAUUUAUUUGUGUGAAUUUAGUAUUGUUAAAUGAGUUUCAAAUAUAGUAUGUUGUGAUUGAA